AACUUACAUGACUUAGAUAAUACAUAUUAUAUAUUACAAUCUGAACCAAGUAUAUACAGUUAUAAUGCUAAACAAUACAUAAAGAAUAAAAUACAUGCUUUUAAACUUUAAUAGACUAAUUUUUUGUAUGAAAAAAAAAAACUUUGGUGGAAAAGGAGAAAGACAAAAGUUGUUACAAUUCAAGUAAAAGGAAAUGAUUACUUCUGAAAGUGAAAAUUCUUUGACCAACUCCAAAGAUCAUGACAGCACAAGGAAGCCUCAACAGAUGUGGGCACCCAAAAAUGACAAGAUCACACAAAUGGACAAACUUAGAGAGCUCAUAAAUCAAAAGUAUGGAGUUCAAUUCAAUUCAUACAGAGAUCUUCACCGCUGGUCAUGUGAUAAUUACCCAGAGUUCUGGGGAGAAGUGUGGGCAUAUGCAGAUAUAAUUCAUUCCAAACCUUACGAUGAGGUUAUAGACAAAAAGUUAAAUAUAUCAGCAAUACCAGAAUGGUUUAAAGGGAGUCGACUUAAUUUUGCAGAGAAUUUGCUUCGCUAUGAUGAUGACAAAGUGGCCAUUUAUGCUACAGGUGAAGGACAAAACGAGAUCAAGCAGAAAACUUUUAGAGAGCUGCGUCAGUCUGUUGCUCAGUUUGCAUCUGCCAUGAAGAAAUAUGGAGUGGAAAAGGGUGACAGAGUUGUUGGCUACAUCCCUAACUGUAUGGAGGCUGUAGAGUGUAUGCUGGCUGCAUCCAGUAUUGGAGCCAUAUGGAGCUCAACGUCACCUGAUUUUGGUGUUGUGGGUGUUUUAGAAAGAUUCACCCAGAUCAGACCAAAGUUAAUAUUUAGUGUGAAUGCAGUCAAUUACAAUGGCAAAGUUCACAGUCAUAUGGAAAAAUUGGAGCAAGUUGUAAAAGGACUGCCUGACCUAGAAAAAGUUGUUAUUAUUCCAUUUGUCACUGGCAGAGCAGUAGAUCUGACAAUAGUACCACACAGCAUUACACUAGAGGAAUUUCUUCAAGCUGGACUUGAAAAGGGUCAAGUUCCUAAACUGGUGUUUGAACAACUUCCAUUCAACCAUCCUCUAGUCAUUAUGUAUUCUUCAGGGACAACUGGUGUUCCAAAAUGUAUGGUUCAUUCAGCAGGGGGAACUCUAAUGAAACACCUCUCAGAACAUCUGUUUCAUGGCAACAUGGACAGGAGUGAUAUUAUGCUGUACUACACUACAGCUGGCUGGAUGAUGUGGAACUGGAUGGUUACCGCCCUUGCAGUUGGCUCUGCGAUAGUUUUGUAUGAUGGUUCUCCACUUGUUCCACACCCUAACAUAUUAUGGGAUAUAGUAGACAAGUUGGGGGUGACAAUACUUGGAACUGGAGCUAAAUGGCUGGCAGUCCUAGAAGACAAAGGUGUUAAACCCAAGGGAACACAUAGUUUGGCAUCACUGAAAGCUAUUCUCUCCACUGGAUCCCCCUUGAAGACUCAGAGCUUUGACUAUGUUUAUAGAGACAUUAAAUCUAAUGUUUUACUGGGCUCAAUAUCAGGAGGUACAGACAUUAUUGCUUGUUUCAUGGGCCAGAAUUGGACAGUACCAGUUUACAGAGGGGAGAUCCAGUGUCUGCUUCUGGGAUGUGACAUGCAGAGUUGGCAUGAAACAGGAAAACCUGUUUGGAAUCAAGAUGGUGAACUGGUCUGUUUAACUCCCUUCCCCUCUAUGCCCGUCUAUUUCUGGAAUGAUGAUGAUGGAACUAAAUACAAAAAAGCUUAUUUUAAUAAAUUUCCAAAUAUCUGGGCUCAUGGAGAUUAUUGUCUGAUCAACUCUGAAACAGGAGGUGUCCUUAUGUUGGGCAGGAGUGAUGGUACACUCAACCCUAAUGGUGUCAGGUUUGGCAGUGCUGAGAUCUAUCAUGUUGUGGAGAGUUUCAAAGAGAUCCAAGACAGUGUCUGUGUGGGACAAAAGAGUAAAGAUGGCUCAGAUGAAAGAGUGGUCCUGUUCCUCAAGAUGGCUCCUGGCAGUGAGUUUGGCUCCACAGUUGUGGAAAGCAUCAAAAACCACAUCAGAACAUAUUUGUCUGCUAGACAUGUUCCAGCUGUCAUUCUGCCGAUAGCUGAUAUUCCAUACACUAUCAGUGGGAAGAAGGUGGAGGUGGCUAUCAAGCAAGCUUUGUCAGGCCAGGAGGUGUUACAGAGAGGUGCCCUGGCUAACCCAGACUGCUUAGACCUGUACUACAACAUCCCAGAACUUCAAGGCUAUUGAGCUCACACACACACACAGUCUAAAGGCAAACAUUCAAGCAUUAACCAACACACUUUGAACAAGAACUCAAGGACACACAAGACUUAUAUGUAACAUUCAUGUCAACUUUGUUUUGUUGUUUUCAAGUUCCUUUGAAUUACACUUAGUGUCAUUGAAAUUGAUUUAAAAAUACAUUUGUUAGUUAGUUCAAACAAACAGUGGGAAUGUUUUGUAAAAUGUACAGUAAACAUUUUCUACAAUCUUCUUAGAUCAGUUUGAAGAAAUGCUCUAUUUAUUGGGUUAAAUCAAUUUUUUGGUUUACACUACUUGUGUUAGCAAUAGAUAUAUAUUUAUGGCAUUUUACUCACUAUGUUGACUUAUAAGUAAGACUCAUGUUUGGUUUCACAUUGAUUUUUUUUAAUUUAAUUUUUUUUUUAGUAACUCAAUGAUCUGCAAAGCUUAAUGUCUCUUUUAUUGUGACUACUUGAUUGAACUUAUUUUCAAUUAUGUAACUCAUUUCUCAUUUGUUACAUCUUCAUACCACAGCAGCAUAAUUCUCAUUCAACUGUAUUUUAUUUUGUUGUAAAGACUUUGGUUUCUGACUUGAUAGAAAUGUAAUAGGGAAAUAAAUUGAUUGCUAUGUGAUUUGUAAUGAUGUAUGUGUAAUAAGCUGUACUUGAAGUAUUACUAAAAUACCUUGAUAAAUCUAGAAGCGUGAGUACCUUGUAAGGUGUAUUACAGAUACCAGUUCUAACAUACUCCGUCACAAAAACGGUAUACGAUAACAAACAGGAUCAAAGGCUCAAUGACUAAGUUUACUCCAGAUGAAAAUACAACAAUCUUUAAUACAGAAUGGGCCACAGUUGAGUUAGUCACUACAAUGAUGUUAUCCCUCUGUGAGCCUAGCAAUAACUGAUCUUAAAGUUUACACUAAUCUCUAACCCCAAUGUGUAUGUUGUCACUAUAAAGUGUGCGUUCACAGUCAGUCCACUAUAGUGCGUUUCUAAACUAAACAAAACUAAUUGUCUAACAAAUUAUAGAGAUUGUGAUGUGAUAGUGACCUUAGAAAUGGCUAUGUAAGAGACUCUAGCGGGGUUGAUAUUAGACAGUAAACAAGCAAAAUAGAAAAUACUUAGAGGAUUGAUAAGCCCAACACAAUCUCAUUUCCUAUUGUCUUUAUAUGAGAAAAGAGUCCUUGUAAUCACAACAAAUUUCCAAAAGGAUCAAUAAAGCAGUCUUAGUCUUAGUCUUAGAUGGCUGUAAAGUCUUAUUCCACUCUGGGCACAGGUAGGGUCUAAAGCAGUAACUCCUGGUUUGCUCUAAUUUUAAACUUAAAUGCUUGAUAUUUAUGCAUUGAUGUUGACAGAAUGGUUAAACACUGUUAUGUCAUGAUUAGGAAUUAGUUAUUUGUUUUAUAGACAGGGAGACAUUGACACUAUUAGUAAAAACAAGGCAGGAUUUUUGGAAGAAUAGCAAAAUCUAAACAGUGUGGAAGUGCCGAACAACACUUGCUCAUUGUCCUGUUGAAGGCUUGUUAAAGAAGAACAUGGGAGUUGGAUGGAUAGCUUAACAAAUGUGGAGUGCUUGAUAUUAGUAGACCUGGGAACUCAUAGCAUGAUGACAUAGAUAGAGUCAUAGAAUCUCAUAUUGAAUACUCUAUGUGCUGAAAUAUGUGUGUGUAUAUACUCCAAAGAUUGAUAUUGUUGAUAUAGUGCCAUAACUGUAUGUGUAUGAAGUCUGAUGGAGUAGUUGCCUGUGUUUUGAAUGGGGGAGCAUCUAUUAAGUUUUAAGUUGUACUAAAAGAUGAAUCAAGUGUGCAUCCAGACAGGAACAACAUGACCUCUAGUCUCAUAACUUUUUCUUAUAAUAAUUAUUUUCAGUCAACUUUAUUUUCAGUCAACUGAUUUGGUUGAGCAAUAUCGCUUUGGAACUGACAUAAAAACAAAAAUAAUCAUACAACAGAGGAGUUAAUGAGAUUUAAUUUAGUGUGUUUCUGUCAAGGUGUUGUGUCAUGUGUCUGAGUUAUGAAUUCAUUGUGAUACAGUUUGAGCAGUGAAAUGUGACACAUUCCUUUCCUCAUGAUCCCUACAUAGCACAAUACGUAUUAUCAUCUCUGUGUGAAGACUGACAUAGCGUGGAUAUAUUGUUACUUAUUUUUACUUUAUUUUAAAGUUUGUUCGGCCAGUCUUCAAGUCCUAGUAGAUAAGAUAUCAUGGAACAUUGUUGACAUAGAGUGGUCUCUGGGAUUGAAAUCUUCAAAGGGAAUAUUUUUUUUUUGCACAUUAGACAGCAACAUUGACGCCAACAUUUUCAAAUUUAUAUUAACUUUGGUUAUAUUAUAUUAUUAUUAUAAUUAUUAUAUUAUUUUUUUCUUCUUAAUUUUCCAUUUAGAAUUUAUGUAAUUUAGGAAAUUUUUAUUAAUGUUAUUGUUAAGUAAACAAUCAUUAUUAUAAUGAGAAAAACUCCAGAAAUAUCAGAAUGAAAAUAAAAGCAUGUUCUAAUUAGAAAAAAAAAUCAAACAACUCACAUAGUAUUAUUGUUUUAUUGACUACAAUGAAAUGUCUUAUAAGGUAACUAAUUAUUCAACAUCUGUAGUUAUACUUUUAUAUUAUGUCUUAUUACUAAUGAAAGACUAUUUAUUGAUCAUUCUAAAAUCAUGUUAAUACAUUUUAGAAUUUAUUAUAUCUUUUUCAAUAAAAGUGAGCUUUUUUUUGUAUUGUUCAGAAUAAUAUAAUCAGAAUCGAAAAAUAAACUGCUGCAUCAUAGAGAUGGAGAUGUUUGGUCACUUUCAUUCAAUUUUCUUCUUUCUUAUUUUACAUGUUAGAGGGUAAACCUAUAACUGAGAUGAAUCGCACAGUGGUUACCAGAUCAGGCAGUUUUUCUUAUAUAGGAGGGUUUUGGGACCAGAGUCUUGUUUGGGCCUCUUGAUAUAGUAUAGCUUCAUGAAAUUAAUUUUAACUUAUUUAUAUUUUCUUACCUAUUUGUAAGAUAUUAGAAACAAUAUACAGGGGGGUGGGGGGGGUUUGGUUACUGGUUCAUUUCUAGUCUAUUAUUAUUAUUAUUAAAUUUUAUAUACAAUAGUUCAUUUUAUCAGAUACUAUAUUUAAAGAAUUUCUAUGGAAAUUUUAUUAUUUAAGCAUACAAUGAUGAAAGACAUUUUUAUUUAAAAACAGAAUCUGUGUGAUUUUUUUGAGUUACUUUAAAUCAUUGACUAAAAUUGAUUUAAAUUAUUUAAUUUCUUAGAACUAACGUAAAUAAUCUAAAUGAUUCUAAAAAAAAAUGUGUUUAUUAAUCACACUGCUUCUUUCAUAUUCAAUGCCCUCAUUUCUAUUGAAUGACCUUAGAGAAAGAGAUGUUCUACUGAAGUACUUUUGUUUGCUUUCAUCAUGGCUUGUUAUAAGUUACAUUCAACUAAAACUGUAGAGACAAAGUUAUUAAUCUGUGUAAUGUUUACUUGGAAAAUCAAAUUUUGAAGAGUUUAUUUAUUGAAGUACAUAUUUUAAAAUGUUUGUCUGAUAAAUUUAGAUUACAAUUAAGUUAUUCAGUUCCAAUGUGGACAUUUCAUUAGUUGUUAACACUGUAUUUUUAUUAGGGUUAUUUUAUUAUAAGAUUUCUUAUAAAACAGACAUUAUGCAAAGGUUUGUUCCUAAGUUGUGAUCCAUAUAGAAAACAUCUCAAAUUUAUCAAUUUUUAUUAUUAUUUUUUUAUAUUUACUAAACUUAAUGACACUAAACUGUCAAAUAUUUGGUUACCAACAAUAGUUGACAAAGAAUUUUUUGGUUACUACUUUCAGCUCUGCAAAACAAACCAACAAAUUCUCUUCUUGUAUUAGAUUUGUGUGUAUUUUCUGGUUUCAACCACUUGGUGCCUUGUAUUUUGUUUUUAUUUUUUGCCUUCAUAUGUUUGUUUCACUUUUAUAUCUAUUUUAAACCCAAUCCACAGGCUCAACAAAAAUAGGAAGAAUAAGGAGUGUUAAAUGAAAGUUUUUUUUUUCUAAAUACGAUGUAUCUAUAUAGGUUGAGAAACCUCCUACUUCUACACACCAAGUUUUCUUGUUAACAAUAUAAGUGAUUAGACGUCUGCUUAAUGUUACUGUUCUGGCCAUUUGACUUUUGGUUUUAAUUUGAUUUUGAUUCAUAUUCUGUCCAAUGGUUUUUUUUUUUUUUUACACUGGUUAAUAUUUGGCAAUAAUCUGCUUACAUCAUGAGUUGUUUCUUUUGAAGUUUUUUUCCUAUUUUCAUUCUGAGUGGCAUCACUCAGCAAUAAAUACUUUUUGUUCUUCUGGUAGAAAAGAACCUUUUACCAGUGCAAUUCUUAAAUCAUAGCUUACAUUGAUUAAUAGCAAUCACUACCAGUUAACAUGAAUUAUAAAGUGCUGUUAGAUCACAGUCUUGUUCUAAACAACUCUGGGUAAAGAAAUUAUCCCCAACGGUUUUGAUACCAAUGAAAUUAUUUUAUUUUUGAUAUUGAGAUUCAUUCUGUAUUGCAGUUAAACAUUGCUGUUCAAACUGUAUUAUAGUAAAAGCUGAAUGGCAGACAUCACAAUCAUGUUUAGUUUUAUUUUGACCCAAAUGUCAUUGGAAACACAAGCUGACAUUAGAGCUAUGUGGUUAUUUCAAUUAUCAUCUAUCAGAAUUAUUAUUUCAAAGAACUUACGCUGUAAUACUUGCAACUGUUCUUCAGUAGUUCCAUUUCAGUUCACAAUCUUUAGCUCUUAGUUUUGGGAAUGGUGGAGAUUACUAGGAUCCUACUCCGAGUUGAGACACUGAUCUUAGUCUUCAAGGUCUUAAAGCUUAAUGCCUUGAUGGUAAUCUUAACUUAAAAACCACAGUUGACAUUCGAUUUACUUCUCUAGGACUGCCAAUGGGAUGUUGUUAAUAUUUUCAUUGACCUGUCAAACUAGCAUUUUGCACCUCUGAAUGUGAUAAAAUCUUGAGUGUAUCUUUCAGUUGUCAACAAAUUGUCCCAGUGAUUUUUUUGUUUGGUUUUGUAUGUACAAUAUUGAAAUACAAUUUGGCAAACAGUAAAA